GUUGCUGGGAGCUGUAUGGGAGAUGAUUUAGCACCCAAGAGAGCCUUUUGGAAGCAAGAAGGAACCAGUCAUGAAGACCUGAAGAGGUUCUGGAAUCACCAGGCUUUCAGAAACAUGAGCAGAAACUUGGACAGGAUGGCUCACACAGAGAGAGCUCUACCCUGGCUGCUGCUGCUGUCACUGUCCUUGCUGGGCAGCAGCACUGCGGAGCGGGACUGCCGAGUAAGCAGCUUCAAAGUCAAGGAGAACUUCGACAAGACCAGGUACAGUGGCACCUGGUAUGCUAUGGCAAAAAAAGAUCCUGAGGGGCUGUUUCUGCAGGACAAUGUGGUAGCCCAGUUCACCGUAGAUGAGAAUGGACAAAUGACUGCCACUGCAAAGGGCAGAGUCAGACUCUUCAAUAACUGGGAUGUCUGUGCUGACAUGAUCGGCUCUUUCACUGACACAGAGGAUCCUGCCAAGUUCAAGAUGAAGUACUGGGGUGUCGCCUCUUUUCUUCAGAAAGGAAACGAUGAUCACUGGGUAGUGGACACAGAUUAUGAUACAUACGCUCUUCACUACUCCUGCCGCCAACUAAAUUCAGAUGGCACUUGUGCUGACAGCUACUCCUUUGUGUUCUCCCGGGACCCCAAGGGAUUGCCUCCAGAUGCACUGAAAAUUGUCAGACAAAGGCAGAUAGACCUCUGUUUGGACAGAAAAUACAGAGUUAUUGCUCACAAUGGAUUUUGCUCUUAAGGAGGUCCAACCCUGUGGCAAGAAACCACGUAACAGCACCAUGGAUGUAAAGCUAACACGUUGAUCAUGUGUUCUCUGGAAAAUGCUUUAAAUGGCUUCAUUUAGAUUUUCAAUAUAUUUAUCUGAGCUGUGUAGCUCACCUUGUUAAUAAACCAAUGAAACAUUUUAAUAAACUUGGAUUACAGGUGAUGCAAAUUGUAUGUAAAUCUGUAUGUAGGUAGACACUACCUAAUGGUUUCAUUAGUAGCCUGUUAUCUUAGUGCACUGUUUUGAGCUGGUGACACAUGGUGAUAAUCAAGAAUUUAAUCUUGCUUUUUUUAGUGGUUUCAAUUUCUGACUAAAAGAGUAUUUAUCAUGAACUUCCAAGCAUAUGUAUUUUCUUUCCAAAUAGAACACUAUACUUUCUCUAUAAAAUACUGGAAAUCAUUUAGAAAAGAGAAAGGAAUUUCAGUGACCCUAUAUAUCACUAAUGAACUUUAUUAUAUGACUAGUGAACAUUAAAAAUAUGCAUAUUUUAAAAAGAACUAUUUUACACAUGACAACCAUUUAUUUAUUUAUUCUUCACUUGUAAAUUCACAUGCAUUAAGUCCUUAUUUUUAAUUUGAGAUGGAACCAAACUGGUCAUUUACUUGGUGAUAACAUGUUGAUUACCUUGUUUCAGUUAGUUUGCUCAAACAUGUGUUCAGGCAGUCAACUAUUGAAGUGUUUAAUCAAGUUCCCUCUAAAAACUGGAUUUAAAAAAAAAGCAGAUACCUUCUGAGGAUGAACAUUUUCACUAGAAAAUUAAAAGUACUUAAUUAAACUAUUUUACAUUCACCAGCUUCACUGCCAUAUUUCUAUUUAUUUCAGCAUAAGAGAAGAAUCCAAUCCAUUGGAUUAAAUUGUCCAAACCUUACUAAGGAAAAGCAAAUGAAGUCAAGAGAAUUUUACUUGCAGGAAUUAAAAAUAUGCAUUUAGCUUUUUUUCCUCCUCUGCUGGCAUGUAAUACUAUAACAUAAUGACCUAUGUGACCUGGGAUAGCAUAGACAAAAUCCAAAGUGUGGUGCAGCUCAGACUUUAAAUAAUUAUCUGGUAAUGAAAGACAAAUGUGGCUGUUCACGGUUACUUCUUCUUGCAGUGGUUUCUGUACCUGCUCCAUGCCUUUCAGGGUUCCUUGUACAACAGAGAAGAAUUUCCUGACAUUUACGUCUGAAAUGGGAAACAUUAUACAGAAUUGGAUUGACAGCAGAGUUGGCAAAAGUGAAUAAUGCUAUCCAGAAGAAAACUGAUGGCAAAAUAUUUAAAUCCUUUUUGAAGUUCUGAACUAAAAUUAAAAAAAUAAUUACUAUUAUUGGGCUCCACAUAAUGAAAAAAGAGAUCAUCAACAGAAAAAGGGCUCGGAAUAGUUUGUAGUCUUGCUGGGAAACACGAAUCUGAUGAUGUUCUGAGUAGGCUAAACCAGCAUUUAAACUUCUUCUUGAAGCUUUUGUAAUCUGCAGUAAAAGAGAAGAAAGUAACUUUCACUGAAACACAUUUCUACAAGUGAAAAAAUAAAUCUUGGCAUAUGAUA